AUGAACCUGAAACUUCUUUUUUGCCCUGGAUUCCUUCUGCUGCUUAUUGUCAGUCAAAACCAGGCAAGGGCCAGGCCCAUUUCCAGCUUACAGAGUCUGUCCAAACUGCUGGAAGAGGACCUGGAGCUUCCCCUGGUCUCAGAGGAGAGGGACCAUGAGCAAGAUGAAAUAAUCCCAACAGGUGCCUUUGAUCAGCAAGAUGCUGAAUUCCAGUGGACCCGGAAUACCAGGGACCAGCCCGAGAGCAUGUCCAUGGAUGAUAGUGCUGUCCAGAGGUUCUUCAGCGACCUCCUAAGUUUACCCCGUAGAUACCGAGGUAGAAGCAAAAAGGGCCUCUCCAGGAGCUGUUUUGGUGUCAAGCUGGACAGAAUUGGGUCACUGAGUGGACUGGGAUGCUAG